AUAUGGAUGUGUCAAAUGAGACGGCGGAGAGAGUCGAUCUUCGGCGACCGUUGGUGGACAGGGAGAAGAAACCUCCGUUGGAGGUCGGGCUCGAGAGCGUGUUAACGGAGAGUAGCUUGCCGUACCGGAGGCGCGUGUACUUAGGAGUGUGCAUAGAGAUAAAACUACUUUUCCGGUUGGCACUUCCGGCGAUACUCGUUUAUUUAGUCAACAGCGGAAUGGGUAUUUCCGCACGUAUCUUUGCCGGACGUCUCGGCAGUAACGAACUCGCUGCCGCGUCCAUCGGAAACAGCAGCUUCAAUCUCGUAUAUGCCCUCAUGUUGGGCAUGGGUAGUGCAGUCGAGACACUAUGUGGACAAGCGUAUGGUGCCCACCGGUACGAGAUGCUUGGGAUCUAUCUCCAAAGAGCAACACUUGUUCUCGCUCUAGUUGGCUUACCUAUGACAGUACUAUACACCUUCUCGUACCCCAUUCUUCUCCUCUUAGGCGAGCCUAAAAAGGUGUCGUACAUGGGAUCUUUGUACAUCGCCGGACUCAUCCCACAAAUCUUCGCUUACGCCAUCAACUUCACUGCCCAAAAGUUCCUCCAGGCUCAAAGCGUGGUUGCUCCGAGUGCAUACAUCUCAGCCGCCGCACUCCUCCUCCAGAUAUCGUUGACGUGGGUCACCGUAUAUGUAAUGAACAUGGGCCUUAUGGGGAUCGCUUAUGUUCUUACUAUCUCUUGGUGGUUCAUAGUUGGGGCUCAGACGUUAUACAUUACAUUUAGCAUAAGGUUUAGAGAAACGUGGACUGGUCUUAGUUCGAGAUCGUUCGAUGGUCUUUGGAGCUUCUUCAAACUGUCUGCUGGCUCCGCUGUAAUGAUCUGUCUAGAAAUGUGGUAUUCACAGAUUCUUGUUCUUCUCGCCGGUUUGCUCAAUGAUCCUGCGCUCUCUCUUGAUUCUCUAUCCAUCUGUAUGUCAAUUUCAGCAUUAUCAUUCAUGGUCUCUGUUGGGUUCAAUGCGGCUGCAAGUGUACGAACAAGUAAUGAGCUUGGAGCAGGAAAUCCAAAAUCGGUGUUGUUCUCUGCAUGGACGGCGACUUUUGUUUCCUUCUUGAUCUCGGUCGUCGAGGCCCUCGCCGUGAUUGCAUCACGUGAUUACGUCAGUUAUAUUUUCACGUCGGAUGCUGACGUGGCUAAGGCAGUCUCGGACCUUUGUCCUUUUCUCGCCGUCACCAUCAUUCUCAACGGAAUCCAACCUGUCUUGUCCGGAGUGGCAGUGGGAUGUGGAUGGCAGACAUACGUGGCAUAUGUGAACGUUGGUUGUUACUAUAUUGUUGGUAUACCCGUUGGCUGUAUUCUCGGCUUCACUUUCAAUUAUCAAGCUAAGGGAAUAUGGACAGGGAUGAUUGGAGGUACCCUCAUGCAAACACUCAUCUUACUUUACGUCACGUAUCGAACAGAUUGGGAUAAAGAGGUGGAAACAGCUAAAAAGCGAUUGGACAUGUGGGACGACGUCAAGGAGUCUCGCCAGAAUUCGUAAUGGAUAUAUAUAAAAGUAGUUUAUUUUUAAUGACGAAGAUCAUCGUUAAAAAUAUAUAUGUACUUUAGCAGUUAGCAGUAGCACAUAGAAAAACUAUUCACUCGAUAUCUACUUCUUUGUUUUUUAUCUUUUGGGAAAAUUGUAUUUUGGCUAAGUCUGAUGGGCUAGUCUCAUCAAUCUCGAAUGGA